UAUAUUGGGUUCUAUGGGCUGCUACUACUGUACAAAAGACCACCCGCAAAUCCUUAUGUGCCGUAUGCAUGUGCGAGCUACUGCCCAGUGAGCCCGCACCUGUGUCGGCCUUGCACGUGGCGGGUUCGCUCCCGCUCGUUGUGUUCGUACUCGGGGGCCUGGGUCCUUCUCGGGCUCACCGCUGGCUCGACCCUCCACUGUUCUGGCCCCCGCCGCCCCCUGGCACCCAUCCGACGGCCCCCUCGCGGACCUCAAUGUCAGCUACACGUGCACCCUCCUCUGCGCCCUCGUCGCCCCUGCCGUCCGCAACCCAUAGGACUACACGCCCUGCAUCAACAUGCUCGUCACCGCGCCCGACCCCACCGCGUGCCCCGCCGUGCCCGACCCCGCCACGCUCUACGAACCGCCCGCCACGGGCGCAGGCGACGCAGGCCCAGGGAAAGCGAGGGAGCGCCCGAUCGCGGCCCCGCCUUUCCCGCUGUCACCGUCUACAAUGCCGGGCGCGUGUACAU